AUGGGUGGUCGUAGUAUGAUGAUAUGGGCGGCCUUUGGUCACAAUGGAACAAGCAAUAUUUGCUUUGUUGACACCAAAUUGAAUCCAGACGGUUAUCGAAAUGUGUUAAAAAAUCGUUUGCCGAAUAUUGGCACUACGAUUGGCGGAGGUGAUUGGCUUUUUCAGCAAGAUGAGGCACCAAUUCAUCGAAUAAAGGCUAAUUUACCAUGGUUUAGAACCAAUAAAAUUAAAUUAUUACAGUGGCCUUCACUUUCAUCAGACUUAAAUUCCACCGAAAACUUGUGGGGAAUAUUAGCGAAACGCGUUUACGCCGAUGGAAGACAAUUUUAUUCUAAAAAAGAGCCAAAAAAAGCAGUUAAAACUGAACGGUCGAAAAUAAGUCGCACCAAAAAAAACAAACUUUGUUUCGAAUAUACCAAACAGACGUUUCGAAGUUAUAAGACUUAA